GCAUGACGUGGCGUGGCGUUUGCCUCGGUCUAUCCUGUAUGAGAUGAAGUUGUGAUUCACUACCUUACGCAGGCAUCCAAACUGGACAGAGUUGCUAAAAUGAAAUAGCAUGGAUAGUCAAGUUUCAUAUAUAUAAACGAAAUUCCCUACGUCUGCUUUGUGAACUAGGUAUCUACCUAGAAAUUCAACCCUACCCAAGCUACCUAAACGGAUAGUUCUUUGUAUCAUUAGUCCAUUACCUAGGUACCAAUGGCCUAUACCAGAUUUGUCAGAAGUGAGCAGAAUGCUGUAUUAGCAUUCUCUGCUCUCAUUGCGGGCGCCUUUGCGUGGACUAUGUGGGGAGAGAGCAUCUUUCCGGCACAAGGAGAUCCAAAGGGCGAUCCCGAGAAUUGGACGCGAGAGGAGCUCAGGAGAUGGUUGCACGCUCGCAAUCUCCACCCCCAAAGCAAAGAUACCCGUGAACAGCUUCUUGAGAGAGUUAAAGCGAAUAUGAGGUAGAGAAGGUCAUGUUAUACUGUCAAUUUGACGGUGGAAGCUGUAUUAUGGCGUGAAACUAGUUGUCUGGCGAUGAUGGGAAAUGCUAACAAAGAACACGACACUACGCAUAUGAAGGUCCUGUUAACCCCAAAGAAAAAUGUCCCUCUGCCUGAUUGCUAGUUAGAAAAUAAAACAUGAAAAUAAACAAAAUAAGAAGAUUGAUGAAGGUUUUAUGAUGCGUCGCAUCAGUGCG